ACGCUGCUGCGGCCACAGGUGGCGCCAGGGCGCCCUGUGUAGCAGCAGCAGCAGCAGCAGCAGCCGCCAGAUGAACGGUCCGCAGCAGGAGGAUCCAGUCCACUCCACACUCUCCAUGUUGAAACGGAGCAACUUCUCCUCCAGCCGACUCCUACCGGCCACCACAGCCCGCCUGCUGCUCCCCUCAGCCCAGCUAUCUCACACAGUCCCGUGCUAUGAAGCUGGACUGGAAAAGAAGCUCGGACACAACUGUAUGAGCAGCACGCUGGUCGACACAGAGUGAGACACGUUGCUCCAACAAAGGCUUCUGGAUGCGGUGUCUCCCGCGGCUCAGGUGAAAGGUCACGGCAGUUUCCUGUGGCGUCGCUAUGACGACCAUCCAGCGCUCCUCUCACGCAUGAGGCGGUACUAAAUCUGCAAUGGAAAAAGGAGGACAGGGGACCGCGGCCGAGCCGAGCCGAGUAGAGCUGAUACUAGCAGUGGAGGACGAGCAGGUUGUCAGGAUGAAGGAGGAGAAUUUGUUCCAUCGGAGGUUUUCUCUGUGCCCCAACGCCACCUCCCCACCCAAAAUUGACCCCCGCACUCUCACCCGGAACAUGUCUUAUGGAGGAGAAGACGAGCUCUAUAACCUCAGCCCAGGCAGUGACACAGACAGGAACGGUCUCUCCAUGCUGAGUAAUGAACUUAGUCCUGCCCAAUCACCAGGCAGCAAGUCUGAGUCCAGGAUGUUUAAUGGUGUUGAGAAGGACUGCCCCUCCCCCACAGAGAAGCUGGCCCGGAAGGAGUCUCUCAAGGUCCAAAAGCAGAAUUACAGGCAAGAGAAGAAACGGGCAGCUAAAGAACUGUUUAGCGCACUAAAGGAUCCCAGUGUUGUCAUUAUGUCCAACUGGCUAAAGAUCCGUGGCUCUUUGAAGAGUUGGACCAAGCUGUGGUGUGCCCUGAAGCCUGGAGUCCUUUUGAUCUAUAAGACCCCCAAAGUGGACCACUGGGUGGGAACCAUCCUGCUCAGCGCAUGCAAGCUGAUUGAGAGACCCUCCAAAAAGGACGGCUUCUGCUUCAAGCUCUACCACCCACUGGACAAAUCCAUCUGGGCUGUCAAGGGUCCCAAAGGAGAGAACGUCGGCUCCAUCACGCAGCCUCUACCCAGCAACUACCUGAUCUUCAGAGCAGCGUCUGAGUCUGACGGGCGGUGCUGGAUGGAUGCCUUGGAGCUGGCUCUCAGCUGCUCCAGUCUCUCCAAGCUGACACCCAAAGGCGGGAAAGAAGGAGACAUCAGCACGUCUUCAGAGUCCUCCCAUAUCCUCCACCUGCUGCAGUCUACUGCGCUCACUGAUGCAGAGCUGCUACAGUUAAAUGACUCUGUGCUGCUGGGCAAUCACCACAUGGAGCAUGACGGCUUUUCAGACAAAUCGGAGCGUGAGGCUCAUGAUGACUGGGACACUACGGCCAAUGAGAAUGGUGGAAGGCUAACAGAGGAGAGCGACAUGGACCAAUCGGACGACCUGUCCCCCGGGCCACAGGCCACAGCCUAUGUAGAGCAGAGCACAGAGGAGAUGGCUGAGGCUGGGGAAGCCUCCCAGGUGGAGACUGUCUCAGAGGAGAACAAGGGUCUGAUCUGGAGCCUGCUGAAGCAGCUGCGGCCGGGCAUGGACCUGUCCAAAGUGGUGCUGCCCACCUUCAUCCUGGAGCCUCGCUCUUUCCUGGACAAGCUGUCUGACUACUACUACCACGCUGAUCUGCUCUCACAAGCUGCACUGGAGGAGAGUGCAUACGGUCGGAUCAAGCAGGUGUUGAGAUGGUACUUGUCUGGCUUCUACAAGAAGCCUAAGGGUCUGAAGAAGCCUUACAACCCAAUCCUGGGGGAAAGGUUUCGCUGCUGCUGGCUUCAUCCUAAAACCGACAGCUGCACUUUCUACAUAGCGGAACAGGUGUCACACCAUCCGCCCAUCUCUGCCUUUUAUGUCUGCAAUAGGAAGGAUGGUUUUUCUAUCAGUGGAAGCAUCCUGGCCAAAUCCAAGUUCUAUGGUAACUCUCUGUCAGCUAUUCUGGAUGGCAAAGCCAGGCUGCUCUUCCUGGGCAGGGAUGAGGAGUAUGUCAUCACCAUGCCGUACGCUCACUGCAAAGGUAUCCUGUACGGCACUAUGACACUAGAGCUGGGUGGGAAGGUUACCAUUGAGUGUGAGAAAACCAAAUGUUUCACAGAGCUGGAGUUUAAACUCAAGCCUUUCCUUGGAGGCUCCUGCUCUGUGAAUCAGAUCAGCGGGAAGAUCUAUGCGGGAGAGGAGCUACUGGCCACCGUUGAUGGACACUGGGACAACGAGGUGUUCAUUCAUGAGAAGCGCUCGGGCCAGCAGGAGACGUUGUGGAACCCGACCUCAGACAUUCGCAGCAGCCGCCUCAAAAGACAAGUGGUCCAAACAGACCAGCAGGGAGAGUUUGAGUCUGAAAGACUGUGGCAGCAUGUGACCAGUGCCAUCAUGGACCGGGACCAGCUGCGGGCCACCCAAGAGAAGUUUGUGCUGGAGGAAGCUCAGCGGGGAGAGGCCAGGGAGAGAGGAGACAAACCCUGGACCUCCCCACUUUUCCAUCAGGACCCAGUCACCUGCGAGUGGACCUACAGGCAUAUGGACACACGGCCGUGGGACCCUGAGCGCUGUCUGGUUCAGUUUGAGAAGGACGGACUGGUUCAGACACACGAGAAAAGCCAGAGGCAACACAACGGACUCUCCUACAGCCACAGCUGGGCCAGCCAACAAAAGGCUGAGAUGAAUGGGAAACGAAGAAAGGCCAGUAGCCAGCCGUCCAGCUGCAGCCAGAACACUGAGAGCAGCAGCACCACACCAGAACCCACACACGAGUCCUCAGACAAUGAAGGGUUCUCAAACCAGUGUGCACGGUGCAAUAAAGAGGUGAAGGACAUCGCCCUGAUGGAGGCCUCCAUCACAUCCAUACAGAAGACACAGCAGGACAUCCAGCGGAACCUGGCGGCUCUGAGUCGUCAGCUGACUCGUCAGAGGGCGACGGACGACGGCGUGUCGCUAACAGGCCGUCACUGUCUCAUCCUCUGCGUCCUGCUCCUCUCCCAGCUCCUCCUCAACUACGUCUUCACCUGAGCCCGCUCCUCAGGGACGAGUUGUCCCUCCGGCACUGAUCUGGCAUCAGAUCCCUCCCACACAAAAAAAAUAAAAAAAAUAAGCACAGACUCCAAUCAGCAGAUUAGGGCAGAGACCUCAGAUCAGUGUUUGGAGGGCAACUUCAUCCCUUUGUUUCUUCUGAGAGGGGAGGAGCACUGGACAUUAAAGCAAUAAACACAGCCACAGCCACCGCCUGUCAGUCAUCUGCAGAGAGGAACAGCACCACCUAGUGUAGCCAGACUGAAUCAGCGCCGGCACCCAUGCACUUUGGACAGGAAAGGAGAGAUGAGAGACGAGCAUGGCUAAAAAGAUUUUGAAUAAAAAGAUGAAAUGUAUGAUGAAGAAUGAUUUUACAAAAAAGGAAAUGACAAAGAGGAUGUUUCACCAUUCCUAAGUAUCUUUUUAUAUUGCCCUGCAAUACUGUAUAUCUGUCAGUGUGCCUGCCUUUAUGUGUGUUGUUCGUACCUACAGUACAGUAGGCCCUAAGGGUGCAGGCAGAUCUCCACUUGGACUUCUCCUACUCCCCUUUCUCUCCAGAUUUGGGCCUUAACGCUGAAGCCAAAAAAAAAAAGGAGAAGAAGAAAAACAGGACAAACGAAGAAGGAAUAUCUUCCAACAGUGCAAUUCUGUCUGUUUUGUAUCAAUGUACGCUCAAAUACACUCCGUCUCGUCUUU